AUGGACGCAGUGCUAGCUACACGUAAAUUGAGAAUCGAACAGUCGAUUACUGUCAAGAGUCCCUUUACACAAAUUGCUGAGAAACACUUUCAUCUGCCCGUAUCUCGUGUGAAUUACGUGCCUCUAUUUCUUAACGGUCUCUUGUUUUCCGUUAUAGAGGUUAAGAACAGGGGAAUUCUUAUGACAGAAAGUUUUUCGCUUCAAGGAAGAGCUAUUCAGUUAGACAUUUCACCGGACGUUCUUGGCAUUAUCAUGCUUCUCAACUUCACUGCUUAUAGAACUUGUAACAUAUCUGCGCAUGAUGUUCAUACAUGUGAUUUGCUAGAGAUUCUGAAACUAGUUCAUAGCAAUGGCGAUUAUUUAGCACCUGCUGCACUGCGAGCAGUAUUUUGGGUCGACCUUUAUGCGGCCAUAGUCGUGGGUAGCAAACGACAAAUGUCUCGCCUAGACUUACUGCAAAGGCAUUUGGCGCCAGCGGGCUUUGAUCGACGUAGCCAUAUGCUACCAUACGAACUCUUCGACCGCACUGUAGAUAUUGCUAAGCUGCAAGCGACACUGUUUGAAAAGAACGUGACUAGGACGCCGCAUACAUCUAAGUUUUUUGAGCUAGAUACUAUGCAGGCAUCUAUUAAGUCCCACCUGGUAUGUCUAGUCCGAGGAUGCCGGAAACAUUGA